AUGGUACUCUUGGUAGCAAAGAUCAGUAAGCUUUAUUCCAAGCUGGAGAAUCUCCACCACCACCACCAACCUAGCCAGACAGAGGCUUUGUCAGCUUCCCUUGAAGGGUUUGAAUCCCAAGUCUCCAAUCUCUUGAAAAAGUUUCAGUCUUUGGAGUUAGAGAUCUUGUCCUUCUCAUGGAUUCAGCAAUGUUUUGAGCUCAUUUCGUUGAUCAACAAGGCUUUUGCUAGGCUGGUUGUGGAGAUUGAAUACCCUGCAAGCAGUUGGGAGGCUUCUUCUGUGGAUGAAUAUCUCAAAUACAGCUUGAAUUUGCUUGACUUUUUCAACUCAAUCAGCUCCUCUCUUUCUCACCUUGCUCAAGCUCGGCUCUCCUUGUCUCAUGGUGUGAACUUAGAGGAGAAAUCCCCAGCUUUGGCUCUGAAGAAUCUGAAGCCUAUUCAGCCAUUUAGCUCCAACAAAGAGUUGGUCAAAGAAAAAGUCAAAGAAGCUUCUUGCUCUGGUAAGGAAGAGGUAAUCCACCAUGCUUUGAUGGUUAUUGAGGGUUUGGGUUAUUGGGUAUGUGGGGUUGUGUUGUCUGGUUUGUCUGGGGAUGAUAAGAUCUACUCUGAGGUGAGAAAAUUGGGAAUUGGGUUUGUGAAAUUUUCUUCCUUUAUUAGAUUAGAGACAAGUGUUUAUGAAGCUAUAGUGGAGAAGAAGAGUGGGGUCAAGGAAGUGAAGGAGGUGAAUGAGGCAGUAGCUAAGCUUGUGACUGCAAUUUCUGGUGGGAAAAGCAGUGAUGAUGAAGCUGAGGAGUUGAGAAAGAAAUUGGGGGUAUUUGAGGCACAGUUAGAGGUGUUUGGAAAAGAAGUGAAUCAUCUUUUUGAUGAGGUUUUGAGUGGAAGAAAUCAAUUGCUCAAUGGAUUUAGACAACUAAGUGAAUAA